UACUGAGUACAAUAUCAGAUCGGAUCAAUUGUUUGCCACACGAUCUACUUGGUAUUACUCAUAAUCCUACCGAGAUCUCAUCUACUCAUACGGAGUAGAAGCUUGGAACCAGAUCCACCAUCCAAAGCGGCAUUAGUGACCGGGAAAAUCUAUGCACCACGAUUCGGGAUUAAUUGAUAGAGUGUAUUGCUUGUUUGUCGAUCAAACAAUUGAGAUAAUUGAAUCCCCACAAUCUAGACUACACCGCACCACCGCAUGACCCACCCACCCCAUUGUCUGCUGUUGCGCAUCAAAUCCUUGUGUUGAUCGAACCCACACAACACCCACACAACAACUCUGCCAGUGGCAGUAUUUCCCCCCUGUCAGAAAGCAGAAGUCCAAUCACAUUCAUGAGCGAGCUGCAGAAAUCCUUCGCCAAAUCUAAAUUGGCCAAGCUCUCGCACCAGCUACCCCCCCACGACCUGUCCGCGACUCCGUCUGCUUCUAUGUACCCCCUCAACGAGGAGCAGGGAGAGUCCAGUCACGAUGAGGACUACUCCUCCGCUUCAUCCACCGGCACGAUAAUUCCUUCGCCCAGUCGCAAUCUAUUCGCCAGACCAAAUGGUGGCCGCGGAUCCCCCCAAACAAGCUUAAGCUGGACCGAGUUCUUUACUCAAGACCUGCAUCUCACUCAGGUCGACUCCAGCACUAACACGCGCAUCACCCACCAUGUAUACCUCACGCCCCCCGCCGACUCCGAUAGUCCGCUCUUCGUGAUGCACCACGGCGCCGGCUCCUCAGGCCUUUCGUUCGCCGCGUGCGCUGAGGAGAUCCGCAAGCUCCUACCCAACGCAGGCAUCCUAUCGCUCGAUGCUCGUCACCACGGCGGCACGGUCGUGACGACAGCCUCCACCGCCAACGACGAAGGGGACGACAGGGCCCCUCAUGAAGAUGGAGGCUCACCCGCUCUCGAUCUCAGCCUGGAAACCCUGAACGGGGAUCUCGUCUUCGUCGUCCGCGAAACUCAGCGCAAGAUGGGCUGGGACAGCCUUCCAGACCUGAUCCUCGUCGGGCACAGCCUAGGCGGCGCCGUGAUAACCGACGUCGCAAAGACCGGCGACCUAGGAUCCAAAGUACUGGCCUAUGCCGUUCUAGAUGUUGUUGAAGGAUCCGCGAUGGACGCCCUCCAAAGCAUGGAAACAUACCUCUUAACUCGUCCCUCCCGCUUCCCUUCCAUAGCAUCCGGCAUAGAAUGGCACACCCGCUCGCGCACAAUCCGCAACAAAACCUCCGCCCGCAUUUCCGUCCCCUCCCUUCUCUACGAACAACCCACCCCGACAGACCCCACCAAACCCUGGGUCUGGCGCACCAACCUGUCCGCGACCAAACCCUUCUGGGAGAACUGGUUCAUCGGCCUGAGUCGGAAGUUCCUCGAUGCGCGCGGCGGCAAACUACUCCUGCUGGCGGGGACGGAUCGGCUCGAUAAGGAGUUGAUGAUUGGGCAGAUGCAAGGCAAAUACCAAUUACAGGUUCUACCGGAAGCGGGCCAUUUCAUUCAGGAGGACCAGCCGGCCAAGACGGCGCAGAUCCUGGUGGACUUCUACAAGAGGAAUGAUCGAAGUGCGUUGGUGCUGCCGCCCAAGGUGGCGGACAUGCAGGCUCAGGCGGCCAUGAACAAAGGGAACGGCGCUGGGCUAGGCUCCGGAGCUGGGGCCUUCAAGAGGGCUUAGAAGGUAUAUACGACUAGAUUGUAUGCCUUGUAUGUUUUUUAAGAGGGUUUAUCUGUGUAUAGGUGCAAAUUCAGGUAUGAAGAAAAAAAUG